AUGAGAGGGCCAUAUCCUUCGUGGGUGGACGAUUCCUACAAGAGGCGCAUCGAAAAUCUGAAGCGCAUCCGCACGCCAGAAGACCUGCCGGAAAGAGCCCAGGAGCUGCUAUCUGGUGCGGACACAGUGGAGAUAUUCAUGGCCAGGAGCACCUUGAACCAGUUCAAAAUGAUGCCCCAGGAGCGUAUCCACCUCGAUCGUCCUUUGCCGGCGCCAUUUGCCUGGGCUUCCGUGGACGCCAUUCCGGACUGGCCGUUCGAUCGUAAUAAGUUACCCAACCUCAGCACUUACAUAGUCGAGCCCAUGAACAUUGACGACGAUGUGACUUGCGCGACGCUUUCAGAAGACCAUUGCAGCGUGGCAUUUGGCACUGCCUCCGGCAUGGUCCACAUCGUGGCCGUGAACAAGGACUGGCUACGCAUGAACACCCUGCGAAGGGAGAAGCUCUUUACUGCCCACCAGGAGCCGGGCUGCUACUUUGCCACCGCCUCCAACGAUAAUGUGGCACGCGUGUGGAGAGUGGAUCCCGCAGAGCACGUUGUGAGUUUCUUCGGUCACUUGGCACGAUUGGAGGUGUGCCUUUUCCAUCCGAAUGGAAAGUACCUGGCCACUGGAUCGGCAGACGCCAUCGCCAGAAUCUGGGACUGCGACAAACGCACUCAAAUGCGACUCUGCCGCGGCCACAAGGCCCCCCCCCAAGGCUACCUGGUCUCUGGUGGCCGAGAUGACCUUAUCAUUGUCUGGGACACAACCACCGAGCGAAUAACCUGCAGCCUGACCCAGCCCAACGCAAGGAUUGCCUCGAUCGAUUUCUCCUACUGCAACAAUCUGCUGGUUGUUUGGAGCCAGGACUGCCAUCUGAGCCUUUGGGAGUUUCAGCUGAUCGUCAAGUGCCCCGAGAAGAAGGUUUCGUCCACCCAAAGCACCAAAGCAAGUGAGCUGGCGCUAAUCAGCACUAUUCAGGCCUGUAAAAAUGGAAUUUUCCUUCAAAGUGGGUUCGUAAGUUGCGAUGCCCUGAUUGUCAUCUGGACGAUGAGUUCUCGGAAGGUAAUAGAGUUAAGCCCGAAAGCAGCCGAGAAGAAGACUGCCCUUGUGAAGGCUCUUUAA